AUGGGCAAAUCGGGAAAAGGCCUGAAAGCUGCUCUUCAAUCCCAACAGUCUCGCUUAAAGAACAAGGAAAAGGUUGCGCAUGCUGCUCAAAUGGCUGAGCAAAAGUACCGCAGGAAAGGGCGUCCUCUCAACUCUCCUGACGGCACCACAAAUCGAUUCCCUCUUCCCUUGAACAAAGAUGUCAAAGGGAAGGAGAAGACACCUUCCAAUCCUUCGCGGCGCUUCACGAUACCUUUCAAGGCUACGGAUAAUGUUCUGCUUAUAGGAGAGGGCAAUUUCUCAUUCGCUCGCGCGUUAAUUCUGGAUCCGCCCCCCGAGUUGUCCUUCUUCCCGCCGGAAAAUCUCACCGCCACAGCAUAUGACGCGAUGAAGUCCGGAAUCGCGGGACAUUGUCACGCUCCUCCGAUCGAAAGGGGCGGAAAUAGUAUUUGGUGUAGAUGGAACACGUCUGGAAAAGCAUCCAACUCUCAGGGGACGAAGGUGGGAUCGCAUAUGCUGGAACUUCCCUCAUGCAGACGCUCUCCAGGGAAGGGCAUUACGGACCAAGAUCGCAACAUUCUUUCCAAUCAAUUGCUCGUCCUAGGCUUCUUGCGAUCAGCUUCAAAGAUGUUACGACUCGGCCCGAUUCCUAACGUUGCGCCUUCGAAGAAAAGAAAGAGUGGUGAUGACGAUGACGACGGCGGUGGCGAACCUUCUCCAGAAUUGAACAAAUUUUCAGAUCCAAGAGAAGGAAGUCAGGCGACCGCACAACCUCAGGCGACCGGGUCCGUACGUGGGACCAUCCUCAUUACCUUACGAAAUGUUUUCCCCUAUACUCAAUGGGAUAUUCCAAGAUUAGCAAAAAAGCCGCCAGCUAUUGGAACAGGUAGCACACCACCUAAUCCUAUCUACACUCUCUUGCGGUCCUUCAGAUUCUAUCGCGAUAUUUGGAAAGACUACGAGCAUCGCAUGACGAAAGCCGACAUGCAGACCGUACACUCACAUCGUUUGGCCUUCCGACGGGCCCAAGUGCUUUCGACAACGCGCAGUUAUGCCAUAUCCGUCCAGCCCCCGAAACCGCUACCUGGCAAGAAAAUGCCUCGUGUAUUCAAGGACAAGAAGGCUUUCCAGUACAACUGGUACUCAAGGAUUCUCCAGUCUAAUACCACUUCCCCAAUUCUCCUUCUACACCACGUCGACUUCACUGCGCAACGGCUAAAGAAGCUACGCGCUGAUAUCGCCUCUGCUGCACAGAAGGUGCAGCCUUCACUGGCAUCACCCCUUCCCGUAACAUCUUUGACCACGACAGUUCAACCGACGCUCACUGUUGUUCGAACAAGCAUCUUCGGAGCAGCACUACGAGAACUUCCUCAUGUUAACCUCGCCGAAGUUGAGAAGAUGAUCAACAACCAACCCGGCGCGUUUGCGGUCUUGUCAUUACCAUCCCUUGACCCACCACUACUAAACGCGGUAUUGCGGGCCAUGGACCGCAGCGUUCCCUUGAAGCCCCCCAAGACGGAGGAAGAAAUAAAUCAAGAACUGGAGCAGAAGAGUGCAGAUCCAGCACAGCCUGGGAAGAGGAUGAAGCGUCAAAGGCAGAUUCGGACACCGGGAUUGAAGGUCAUGGGUGCGGUUAUCGAGAAUCGAGUUUUCCUCCCGCAAGAUCUUCAAGACGUGUCUAAACUCCCAACUUUGGACACUCUUCGUGCACAGAUUGUGGGCCUGUUAAGCGCACCUGCUUCCCAAAUAGGCGCAAUAUUGGGCGAGGCGAGCGGAGGGAGAUUGGCACGCAUGUUGGAGGGUCUUAAAAAGGGUUUGGAAGAAUCUUCUGAUGGCUCUGCCUCCAGCGCAGGAGGCUCGCCAUACAUCGCGGUAGUCUCGUGUAGACCUCUUGCCACGAACUCGACUAUCCAAAAAAUGGAGGAUGACGAUGACUUUUUGUACGGCGAGCCAUCAGGACCGCAACGCUUGAAAGCUGAACCUGACCAAACAUCUCGGUCGAACGCCCAAGCUUCCGAUGGUCACACCCCUCAGCCUGAACUCAAAUCCGCUACGUCGCCGCUUUCUGAAACGAAGGGUCAUCCUGGUGAAGAGGACGAGGACGAUGAAGAGGAAGAGGAAGAGGAAGAGGAAGUCGAUCUCGGAGAAGACAGUGACGAAGACGAGAUUGAGAUUAUUAUGGAGCCUGUGGCACGCUCACUCGACUUCCGAAAUCAAAACCGACCCUCUACGUCUCGCGCCGCUGCCACAGGAGCUCCACCAACGCAACCAAGAGCGUCAGCGCCUCAACCAUCGCUAACAACAGAAUAUAAUCCCAUCCAGAGAGGAGGGCCUCUACAGCCUACCUCUUCCUCCUCUUCCGUCACCACCCAAGCCCAACCACAGCAAGAAUCGACACCCGCACCUUCUGCACCUUCUGUACCUUCUGCUUCUGCUCCUACCCCACAACCCCCAAGCCAACCAGCAAGAGAACAAACCAGCACGGUUUCGGAUGAUGGUGUCGACACUUCUGCGCUUCCACCUGCCGAAGCUCCCCCUUCUGCUCCUGCCAUUGACCCAAACGCAACCGGAGUCUUUGAUGGCCGUUCUAUCCUUGAAGUGGACCUCAACACACUGGCGGAUAAGCCAUGGCGAAGACCUGGCUCAGAUAUUAGUGACUGGUUCAACUAUGGGUUCGACGAGAUCUCCUGGGAGGCGUACUGCUACCGCAGGCGCGAUGUUGGAGAUCUGGCUGCAGUUUUGAAGACAAAUGUCAUUAACUUUGCAGCUAUGCCAGAAGAGCAGCUCACCGCGUUACCUCCCGAAGUGCGGACGAUGGUCAUGACUGGCGCGUCGGCCAUGAUGGGCAAUGCUGGCGCCAAUCCCGGGAUGAUGGGUCCAGGGAUGAUGAUGGACAUGUCUGGCAUGAUGGGUCCAAUGGGCAUAGGUAUGAACGGGGACAUGGGUAUGGCAGGACCCAUGAUGCAGGGCAUGAUGGCGGAUGGUACGCAAGGCCAGCAAGGUGUCGGUAUCGUCCCAGGGAAUGGGACACCCGAGCAAGUGGGCACCGGUGUAGGCAUGAUGCAGGACGGGUUCAACCCAAACGGGAUGAACAUGGGCAUGGGCAACGAGUAUGGGAUGCAGGAACAAGGACCAAUGGUACAGCAAAUGUAUCCAGUCAUGGAGACUCAGAACGUUCCUUCCGUGCCAAGUGCGCGGGGCACACAAAUACCUUUCCGUGGAAGUCGAGGAGCAUCUGGUCUGGGUGGUCGUGGGAGAGGUUUCGCAGGAAGAGGACGUGGAAGAGGUUUCGACGCGCCACCUCCUGUGCCAGUACGCCCUGCAUCGCCGCUACCCCCAGGAGUACCUACUGGCCCAAGAAACCAGAAUAAGUACAAGGACCGUGAUGGGAACGCUCCGGCUGUGGAUGGACUGGACUAUGGUGGCGGCAAGGAUGCCAUGGGUAGGAGGACCCCCAGUGAACAACCUGAAGAACGGGAUCGGUUGUCAAGCCGGAAGCGCAGAAGUUCACCUGGGCUGGACGACAUUCGUGGUUCCAAACGACGCUGA